AUGGCCCUCAUCAUGGCAUUGCCUAUUCUAAUCGUUCUGACAGUCAUUUUCCAUGCUUCCGCUCAGCAGCUAAACGGCUAUGCCUUUGAUUAUAGCGAACUGCACCUUUCAAGUGCCUGCUUGAAUGUUCUCAACUCCAACAUAACCUCCUGCGAUGCGGUUCUGGGAGAGUUCGCCGGCCCCGACCUGAGUUUCGAUCCCUUACUGGGAGAUCAACUCCAAUUACUCUGCAAAGAUCAGUGCAAGACCGAUUUGACAGCCCUCGGAAGUCAGCUGCGAUCAUCUUGUGACGCGACUAAGGACGUCCUAGAGGUCGGGGGACUUUUGUAUCCAGCAACCUAUAUGGUUGAGAAGUUCUUGUAUGUCUACAACGUUGCCUGUUACCGGGAGAACUCGAACGGCGAGUUUUGUGACUUGAUCACUGGCGACCUGCGCAACCGCUCCGUGCCUGUAGACGAGUGCUCGGACUGUAUGCUAGGGCCGCAACGGCUCCAGCUGAGCUCUCCACUCGGCUACAGCGAAGACUACGCAGAGGACUUUGCGUCGAUCACUCAGAGUUGUGGCAAAAGCGGCUAUGGCUAUACAACGCCAACACCGCUCGAGUUGACUCCGACUUCGACAAGCGAGCCACCGGUAGCGACAUGUGGUAAUGUCUACUCUGUUGGGGCGAAUGACACCUGCGAGAGUAUUGCUGCAGCGCAUAGCGUGUCAACAUACUCGCUGAUCGCCCUCAACAACAUUGACUUCUCAUGCAGCGUUCUGCCGUCUACCAUGUGCAUCCCCAGCCAGUGCACAACGUACAGGUGGAACGUCGCAGACACUUGUGAUACGGUAGCCACCAAGUUCAACGUCUCGGUGGAUCUGCUUGUCUCGUGGAACCCAAUCUUUGAUGCCGGCUGUGGCAAUGCCGAUAGAUGGGCUUUCUGGACGGUUUGUGUCAGCUCGCCUGGCGAUGUUGUAGCCCAGCCACCCAAGCCCACAGCCGUGCCAGUACCCUCAAAUGCCAAAUCAGACUCCAACAAGAACUGCGCGCAAUGGUAUACAGUCAAGGCCAAUGACACCUGCUUCACUAUCCUACCUCUUGGCUCGUCUAUCACCUUCGCGGAGUUUCGCGUCCUAAACCCCAGCAUUGACGCGGACUGCACCAACCUGUGGCUCGAUACCGCCUAUUGUAUGCAGGGAGUCGACCCCGUCGAUGUCCCCGCAGAAACAACCUUCACGCGGCCUCCGACCGGAACGACAACCAGACCCCCGGUGAUUGUACCCGAGCAGACUCAAGAUCCCCUCGCCCCUGGCACCAAGGCCGACUGUGUCAAGUAUGCAAUGUUUUCGGAUAUCGACACCCUGGACCCGGUCUGGUUCAACUUCAACGGAUCACGAGGCGACAAUCUCAUGUCGCUCAACUCUUGCCUGUACGUGACGGGAGCAUACGCCGCCAACAUGACGCUCUUCCUCCAAUGGAAUCCAAGUCUGACCGAAGGCUCGGGCUGCAAGCUGGUCAAGGGCCUCAGCUACUGCGUCGACGACGGCAGUCAGCAAACGACAACAACCGACGGCCCGUCGUCGACGUCGGCGCCAACGCAGACCUCGGCCUCGUCUACCACUUCUACCUCGGGUGGUGGACCGCCAGCCCCGACACAAUCUGGCGUCAUCGAAUCGUGUAAGCAGUGGCACGUGGUUGUGAGUGGUGACGGGUGCUGGGCGAUUGCCAAUCAAUACGGCAUUUCUUUGGAUGAUUUCUAUGCGUGGAACCCUGCCGUUGGGACAGAUUGUCUAAAUCUCUGGCUGAACUAUGCAGUUUGCGUUGGUAUCUGA